GCCGCCUGCCGCCGCCCACCGCCCAUCGCCCGCGCCAGGAGCCAUGGAGGGAAUGAGCGCGCUGCUGGCCCGCUACCCAACGGCCGGCCUGGCCGGCGGCCUGGGAGUCACGGCGUGCGCCGCCGCCGGCGUGCUGCUCUACCGGAUCGCCCGGAGGAUGAAGCCGACACACACCGUCGUCAACUGCUGGUUCUGCAACCAGGACACGGUGGUGCCCUAUGGGAACCGCAACUGCUGGGACUGCCCCCACUGCGAGCAGUACAACGGCUUCCAGGAGAACGGCGACUACAACAAGCCGAUCCCCGCCCAGUACCUGGAGCACCUGAACCACGUGGUGAGCGGCGCGCCCGGCCCCCGGGCCCCCAUGCAGCCCCCGCAGUGGGUGAGCAGCCAGGUGCUGCUGUGCCGGCGGUGCAGCCACCACCAGACCACCAAGAUCAAGCAGCUGGCCGCCUUCUCGCCGCGCGAUGAGGGCAGAUACGAUGAGGAGAUCGAGGCGUACCGGCACCACCUGGAGCAGACGUACAAGCUGUGCCGGCCGUGCCAGGCGGCCGUGGAGCACUACAUCAAGCACCAGAACCGCCAGCUGCGCGCCCUGCUGCUCAGCCACCAGUUCCGGCGCCGGGAGGCCGGCCAGAGCCACUCGCAGAGCUUCUGCUCGUCCGUGGUGAAGGCCCCGCUCCAGGUCAUCGUGCUCCGAGCCCUCGCCUUCCUGGCCUGCGCCUUCCUGCUGACCACCGCGCUAUAUGGCACCAGCAACCCCUUUGCCCCGGGGGCGCCCCUGACCCCGGCCCUGCCACCUGGUAGCAAUGGCUCGGCCCCGCCUGACAACAGCACAGCCCCUGGGGCCGAGGGCUGGCGGCAGCUGCUGGGCCUGCUGCCCAAGCACGCGGCAGAGAAGCUGCACGAGGCCUGGGCCUUCGGGCAGAGCCACCAGAUGGGCGUCGUGGGGCUGGGCCUGCUCGCCUGCCUGCUGGCCAUGCUGCUGGCCGGCCGCAUCAGGCUCCGGAGGAUCGACGCCUUCUCCGCCGGCCUGUGGGCCCUGCUGCUGGCGCUGCACCUGGCCGAGCAGUACCUGCAGGCGGCCUCGCCCAGCUGGCUGGACACGCUCAAGUUCAGCACCACGUCCCUGUGCUGCCUGGUGGGCUUCACCGCAGCCGUGGCCACGAGGAAGGCGACGGGCCCGCGGAGGUUCCGGCCCCGAAGGUACUUCCCGGGAGACUGUGCCGGCCUCUUCCCCGCCGGCCCCAGCCUGGCCGUCCCCUGCCCGAGCAUCGCAGGCCCCUCGCCGGCUCUGUUCACGCCUGCCCCGCCCGGCUUCCUGCCACUUAACCAGCAGCUGUUCCGGUCUCCCCGCCGGGCCUCGCCCUCCUCGCUGCCCGGCCGCCUCAGCCGGGCCCUCUCGCUGGGAACCAUCCCCUCUCUGACGCGAGCAGACUCAGGGUAUCUGUUCAGUGGGAGCCGCCCACCAUCUCAGAUGUCCCGAUCCAGAGAGGUUCCGGUUUCAGAUUACUUCUCUCUGCUGUCGGGGAGCUGCCCCUCCUCCCCGGUCCCUUCCCCAGCACCCUCCGUGGCCGGCUCAGUGGCCUCCAGCUCUGGCUGUCUGCGCCACCGCAGGCCCCUCAUCAGCCCCGCCCGGCUCAACCUGAAGGGGCAGAAGCUGCUGCUGUUCCCGUCGCCCCCCGGGGAGGCCCCUAACACUCCCAGCAGCUCCGACGAACACUCGCCCCGCAACGGCAGCCUCUUCACCGUCGAGCCACCCCCCAUCCCACAGAGGCAGCCGGCGCGGGACACGAAGCACACCAUGGACGUGAAGUCAGCGCCGGAGAGAGGCAGCACCUGCAGCAGCCGCUCCAUCAAGAAAGAGGAUGACUCGUCCCAGUCCUCCUCCUGUGUGGUGGACACCACCACCAGGGGCUGCGCGGAGGAGGCCGCCCCCUGGCGAGGUCGUUUAGGCCCCUCCCUGAUCCGGGGCCUCCUGGCCGUGAGCUUGACCGUCAACGCCCUCUUCACCUCGGCCUACCUGUACCAGAGCCUGCGCUGACCCGCCGUCCGCAGCCUCCCGGCACCCAGAGUCUCGAAGGGUGCGUCCAGGUGCAUGCCGCUGCCACCGCUGCCGGCCUCAGGCCUCCUCGAGGGGCUGCCGCCUCCGCCCUUUUCUCCGGGGCCCCUGAGCUCGCCAGAGGGAGUCUUGUUCCCGGGAGCCUUCUCCCCACCUAACAGACUGCGGCGCUGGGCAUGGGCUUGGGGGUCACAGCCCUCCCCGCCCACCUCCUUGGCUGACAUCAGUUGUGUGUUUGGUGCUGACGCUCUGAUCCUGAAGCCAGGGCUCCCCGAGGGGCUGCGGGACCCUGGGGUCCCUCCCCACCAUCCAGCCCCGCCUGGCAGGAAAGCCUCGACUGCUGUGACAGGAUCGGGAGCUGGCCCUGACCCCGCCCCCGCGGGCUGUGAUGACAUCUUCGGACUGCGCUCCUCUGUCCCGUGGGCCGCCUCGGGCUCCCUGGGGGAGGGGGGAAGGGAGGGCUCCAGUCGGGUGGAGGACGAACCACCUUU